UAUGGGGGACUUGCUGGAUUUCUUGUUUUUGUUUUUUGUUUGUUGUUCUUAUGCAGGAGGCAAAAAUGUAAAAGUGAAGAUUGUAGAAGAACCAGCGGUAGCUUAUAAGGGGGUAAAUUCUUUUUACCAACAGCAAAAUCAGAUAACUCAUAGCAUCAAGGAUCUAGAGCCUCGCGUUGAUCCAAUCCCAUUCUCAGGUCCUCCACACUUAUCUGUUUUGGAUGGAAAAUGCUUUCAUCUUAUUGAGAACAGUUAUAAAUAUGAGCUAUGUCCAUUUCACAAUGUUACUCAGAGGGAACAAACAAUACGCUGGAAUGCAUUCUCUGGAAUUCUUGGGGUAUACCAAGGCUGGGAUAUUGUUAACAAGGCAUUUGCAAGUAUGUUGAUGGAUGAAGGAGAUUUCUGUCCUGGUAAUAUUCCAAGACAGACUAAGGUGUUCUUCAAGUGUGGCAGUGAGCAAAAACUGGUUUCUGUWAGUGAGCCCUUAACAUGUCGGUAUGAAAUGGACUUUAGGACUCCAUUGGCAUGUCCUCUGGAUGCUUUACCCUGUUCUGAGUACCGCUGGUCAGUCAAAGUGGGAGUCUAUUGAAGAGAGUCUUUGGAGAGAAGAGAUCACAAAACAAGGUUACCGUAAGCGAAGGAAACAACUUUUUAUAUCAGAAGGUUUAGUUGCUGCGCCUGAAAAUAAAGUGAAAAKAGAGCCAACUCACGAACAGUCGUCAAAUGAGAAAGAAAAAAGUAGAAAAACAGAGACGAAACACUUCAAAACAUUAGARCAGUGUUCAAAGGCAUUUAAGGAGCUUCACGAUGAAGUGACAAGACUCAGGCUUCUYAUUUCUCCUUUCAACAAACAAGUAGCCAAUGUGAGCAGCAAUGAAGAUAAUACAAAGACAACGCAAACWGUCACCACGCAUGCCCCGCAGACUAUUGCACCAAAAACCAAUACAACAUCACAUGUCUUGGGAAUUUUAGACUCAGAAAAGUUGAAAUUUCAAAGAAAACACACCAAUGUUUACUAAGAUAAAAUAUAAUAGAAAAGGUCAUGAGUUUAGGUACUGAGUAUAUAGUUUUUGAAAACAAAACAUCUUCCGUCGAUGUGAAGGCUCAUCAGUGAGUUGUAAAGUAUUUUUAUCCACGUUUCAAGUCAUAACACGAACUGUCAACAAUAUGUCUUUCUUAACUCAUUAUCAUCGUUAAAAGGGACCAAUCGUUUAUUACAGGGAGGAGUUGGAAUCAUAGGGGUGAUCCUAGAAUGGGGGUGGUGGGUAUAUUUUCAAAAAAACAAACAAACAAACAAACAAAAACAGCUAAAUUACGAGGUGAGGUACACUUGAAGGAGAAGAACCGAAGACUUUUGAGUAUAUUUUUUAUUAUUGAAAAAAUGAGCUUUCUUUAGAUUUUGCUAUUCAAAUAGGUAUACCUUCUGUAUAUGGUAAAAUCUGAAUUAUAAUUACCUCUAUUUGAUAAAGGUCGUGGGAUUCAAAAUAAAACUUAGAAACCGAGUAGAUAUAUUAGAAUCUGAUAUGUUUAAAUACGUAAGACAUCGUGCAUCGUCUAUGAUCAAGUCGACAAGUGCUUACGCACAACGUACAUUAUAAUAAAGAACAUUUAUUAAUCUUU